AGAGCCAGCGACGGCCCGGGGCGGAGAUGGACCGCGGCUCGGGGGCCCCUCCCCGCCAGGACUCUCGGCUGUGAAGGCGACCCGACAGAUGCACUGAUGUUUUCCCCUCUUCACAAAUACCAAGUCUACCUGAGGUUGGCAAAUGCACAGACAGUAGCUGUGAAGCCCUAGUAGGAGAAUGAGUGAGAGGGAUAUCCGAAGCUUGAGCAAAGGGGUAUUGGUGCUUUCUCUCUGCCUUAUAACGCUAUGGGGAAGGCUGACGCUGGCCUCAUCACACCACAGAAGCCAUUCAGUGCACAUAGAGCCUGGCACAUGUGAAGUCAUUGCUGCCCACAGAUGCUGCAAUAAGAAUAAGAUAGAGGAGCGUUCACAAACUGUGAAAUGUUCUUGCUUCCCAGGUCAGGUGGCUGGGACAACGCGGGCUGCUCCUUCAUGUGUGGAUGCCUCAAUAGUGGUCCAGAAGUGGUGGUGCCAAAUGCAGCCAUGCCUAGAAGGAGAGGAAUGUAAAGUGCUACCAGAUUCAUCUGGAUGGAGCUGCAGUAGUGGAAACAAAGUGAAAACAACUAAGGUCACACGGUAGGUCUGGGAAGAUCUACUCUUCUGUGA